AUGUCCCUGCGGUGCCAGUCACCAGCUCAUCCUAUGUGUGUAAUGUGUGCCAGCUGCAGGGGGAGGGGUUACAAGGGUGCCAUGCAGCCUGGCAGAGAGGGGAUUAGGAGGUGGGGGAACCUGCUCCAGGCAGCCAUAGCAGGCCAGUGGGCAGCAUCAGGCAUGGCUGGGGCAGCACAUCGUCUCCCCGGCGCUCCGCAGACACACACUCACAUACUGGAGGAGGAGGGCGAAGGCGGGGUCAUGUCACACACACUGGGCGGGGUCAUGUCAGGUGCACACGCAGCUUGACACUCUCUUUCUCAGAGCGCGCCGCGGUCAUGUGGCCUCUGACGCUCGGUCAGCUGACCGGCCAACAUGGCGGCGCCCAGCGGAGAGGCACGCUGAAGGUGAAAGUGGGGAAGGAGAGGCGGAAGCCAGACCUGCCGGGCACCUAGUGAUGGGUGACAUCAUGGAAGAAAAAAGUGACGGCGAUAUGAAUCAAACCUCUGCAAAGCAGCCAUCCGUAUCCAUUAGCCAGUUCCUGCAGCAGAAUUAUAAAAAGCUCCCUUGGUUUGAAAAGUUUUGCUUUGAUUACGGAUCUGUGUUCGUUGGUUCAAAUGCAUUAGCGUGCGGGCUGAUGGCUCACAACUUAUUCAGAAGAACGCUGAAAGUCCGGAAAUAUUACCUGCUGUCUUGUUUACCAGUCACUGCAGUCCCCUUCUUUUUCACCACUCUCUAUCAUGAAAUGCUCGUAACCCAGCCCCUCAUUGAAGGUUCUUUGAACUGUUCUUCAUGUGCUGUGGUGAGAGGCAGCUAUGUUGGUAUGAUUAUGGGUGGUGUUGCUCCAGUUGUUUUGGCUGGUUCCAUCAAUUUAUUGAUGGUACCUGUUUAUUUGAGGACUCAAAUGAAAGAAAACAUCCUGCGGGAAAUGAUAUCCUUCACCAAGCCGGUGUUCAGCAGACUGAAAUAUUUCUUGCUGUUUGAGGCCGUAGCCAGCGUCGUCAUCACUAGCAAUCAAUUUGGCACAAUAACAAAGCUGCUUCAGAUGUCACCAGAUUCCAAGACACAGGAGGAGCUGAUAGAAUAA